CUCCUCUUCUCCCUCCCUCCGACUCUGCCUCUUUCCCUCCCCUCACUCGUUCUCUUUCUGCCCCGGACAUGCUCUCUUGACGUCCAGCCCUUGUUCUGAAGGAGUGGAAAAUGUAAGUAGGGCAUGAAGAGAACGAGCCCGUGGCUGCAGAAUCAUGAAUGUGUGUAACAGCACUGAUCUUCCAGAGGUGGAAAUCAUCAGUUUGCUGGAGGAGCAGCUCCCUCACUAUCAGCUGAGAGCAGACACUAUAUACGGCUAUGACCACGACGACUGGCUGCACACGCCACUCAUUCCCCCUGACAUCAACAUCGACCUGACUGUCGAGCAGAUUGAGGAGACCCUCAAAUACUUCCUUAUGUGUGCUGAAAGAGUGGGCCAGAUGACUAAGACAUACAAUGACAUAGAUGCUGUUACACGUUUGCUUGAAGAGAAAGAACGAGACUUAGAGUUAGCAGCACGCAUAGGUCAGUCCCUGCUGAAGAAAAACAAAACCCUAAGUGAAAGAAAUGAGUUUCUGGAAGAGCAAGUGGAGCACAUACGAGAGGAGGUUUCUCAGCUACGUCAUGAUCUCUCUAUGAAGGAUGAACUGCUCCAGUUCUACACCAGUGCUGCUGAGGAGAGCGAGGGAGAGUCGGUCACCUCUACCCCGAUUCCACGGAAUGACUCCUCAUUGUCAGUGCCAAAUUACUUCCCUCUGGAUUCACUGCAGAAGAAGCUCAAAGACCUGGAGGACGAGAACAUUGUGCUGCGGUCUGAGGCGUGUCACUUGGAGACGGAGACUAUCUCGUAUGAGGAGAAGGAACAGCAGCUGGUUAAUGACUGUGUGAAAGAGCUCAGGGAUGCUAACCUACAGAUCUCGUCACUUGCGGAGGAGCUGGCGAAGAAGACAGAAGAUGCCUCCAGACAGCAGGAAGAGAUAACACACUUACUGUCUCAGAUAGUGGACCUUCAGAAAAAGGUUAAAUGUUACGCAGUAGAAAAUGAGGAGCUCACGCAGCACCUGGGAGCUGCUAAGGAUGCCCAGCGACAACUCACUGCUGAGUUACAGGAGCUGGAGGAUAAGUAUGCAGAGUGUAUGGAGAUGCUGCAUGAAGCCCAAGAGGAGUUGAAGAACUUCAGGAACAAGACGGUGCCUCAAAGCACACCGCGCCGCUUUCAUUCCCUCGGCUUUUUCCCCAUGGACUCCUUAGCUGCUGAAAUUGAAGGGACCAUGAGGAAAGAGAUUCAGAUGUCUGACCCGGAAGUCGAAGAUCAGAGAUUACACCCAAAGCGAGUCUUCCAAACAGUGCGCAACAUUAACCAGGUGGUUCGCCAGCGCUCACUCUGCCCCUCCCCCAUGAAUAUCCCAGGCUCCAAUCAAACGUCAUCCAUGAAUUCUAGGCACUCCAGCUGUCUGAGCACACCCAGAUCCAGUGUUUAUGGGGGAGAAGGGACUGUCAUGGACAACCGUACCAACAGCAUGUUGCUGGAGAGCCACACUCCACAGGAUUCAGAAGACUCGAACAAGAAACCCGGUACUCCUGGCACACCUGGAUCUCAUGACCUGGAGGCAGCGCUACGGAGACUCUCGCUUCGCCGUGACAACUGUCUGAGCGAGCGGCGCUUUUUUGAGGAGGAGAGAGAACGCAAGCUGCUGGCACUAGCCAUGGAGAAGAGAGAGCCACGUGGAGACAGUGAUGGAGAAGGAGGAGGCUCGCUCACCCAUUCAGACAGCAUCCUAUCUCUGGGCACUUUGCACUCGGUCUACUCUGUGUACAGCAGUCGCUCCUACCUGCCCGAGAAACUGCAGAUCGUCAAGCCUUUGGAAGGGUCAGCGACUCUGCAUGCAUGGCAGCAGCUGGCCCAGCCGAACCUCGGUGGCAUCCUGGAUGCUCGGCCGGGAGUAGUGACCAAGGGCUUCCGCCAUCUCCAGCUUGACCUUGAGGAGGUCUAUAAGUUCACAGACUUGGAGGAAGAUGAGCCAGGAGAUCAUCAGAUCUCUCAGCCCACUCUCUCUACCUCAGGCCUGGGCUCACUGCCCUGUUCACCAAGCUCCAACCUCCAUCGGCAGGGGGAACAGCGCCGAGGAGAGAGACGAGGGGCAGAGCCAGAGCUUCAGGAGAUGGGCGGAGAUGCACAGGAUGAGGAGGAGGAAAUGACCUCUGUUCAUUUUCCUGGUAAAUGUAUGUCUCACACAAAUUCUACCUACACCUUCACUACCUGCCGGAUACUCCACCCCUCUGAUGAGCUGACCAGAGUCACUCCCAGUGUGAUGGUAGCAGGUCCCUCCCUCGCCUCCUGUGUGAUGAGCAUCAGUAGCGUGCACUCUACUCCAGCAUCUACCCCCUGCACGCCACGCCGUCUCAGCCUGGCUGAGAGCUUCACUAAUCUGAGGGAGCACACCAAGACCACAAGCACCUUUCUGGGCCUGGUGCGCCUCCUACAGGACCGUGGGAUUUCUGCAGCUGUCUACAACCCUCACAGCUGGGACCGGGCUGAGAGAACAUCUAACAAUUCACAAUCUGUUUCAAGAACAUUCCCCACUGCCCCAGACCUAGACAUCAUGCCCUCGACACCUCCAAACUCCCCCACCCAAUCCAAACCCAGCAGCCUUGUGCUGCCUAUGGACUACAGCCCCUCUGACCCGCCUUACGAGAACUUCCUGGCUUCACGGCCCGCCAGUUCCAUUCUGAAGGAGAUGCGAGGAGCAGAGGCCAAGCUGUGCACGGAAUCCCAGUGCCAGACAGAGAUGAGCAUACACAAUCUGCGGCUUUUGGACAAGGUAAAGCGUUUCAGACUCGGCCCAAGAGCUUUGACUCCAGGUCCUGGGCUCGGUUUAGCCACACCUUCUUUUGGGACCCAACCUGGGCUACCCAGCCCCAUAGCAGGACUGACCGGGAUUCGGAGAAACCGGAGUUAUCCGGUUAUGGUAGGGGCCAGUAUGGCGAUGAAGGGAUUGGGACCACCUACUGAAGACUUGCUCCUAUCCCCCAAACCUAGACAGGCUAGCCUCAGUGAGGAGUGAGCAUUGCUUCUCUGUCAAUCAUCCUCUGUAUAUACACUUAAUAAAAUACAUUAUUCUCAUGACAGAUCGACUGUGCCUAUAAAAGAGAUUUGUAUAGAUUUUGUACAGCAGCUGUAACUGUGUAAUACCAUUUUAUUACUAUUAUUUUGUCAUGCAUACAGUGCAAUUCAGCCAGAGAGACCACAGCAUGUAUUUGAUUCUUUCAUCCCCGUACUCUGUAAAUUGUGGAAUAAUUGCACUUCCGCAUUACAAGAAAAUGUAGCAUAAGGCCUGUUUGUAAGCACUUUUUUGAUAUUGACUACUUUGGCAUAACUGUGCUAAAAGACCAUAUCCCUGUUAUCUUGUUUGGUUAAUAUGAUCUUCCUGAACUCAAAGCUCCUCUGGUUGGCAUUUUGUAUGAAAAUCUGAAACACUAAUAACAUCCUUAUACCAGUCCUAGACAGAACAACAGUGUGUUAGCGCCCCAGUUAACGUGACUAAUUGCAAUCCUUUCUGUGCCCUCAAAACAAUCUCAUAUUAAAUUAUUAAUACCCUUUUAAAGAAAAAAGCAAUUUUACUUUCCCACAUCAUUAUCCCUGUAAAUGCCUACAGCAUCCCUAUAUAGCUGUGUAUUCACAGAAUAUGAAAUCUUCAACGAAAUCUUUAACGAAAACCUCAUAGUUUGUUGUAUAAUGCUUAUUACAGUGUAAUAAACAUAAGAAUAGCCCUUUAAAAUGGGCGCUGUUAGGAAAUCUGUAGCAGCAGAAAUAAGGGCGCACACUGUACUGUAAUUUGUCCAGAGUUGUCAUGAAGAGCUGUAAGGAAUCUGAGAUUUGGGGGGUAACCAAUGUAUUUGUAAGUGUGUUUUAAGUAAAUGCAAUCGAUUAACGACGUAUAAAAUACUCAAAGGCAGUAUAGUUACAACCUCUUGGAUAAUAAGAGUCCAGUGCUUCUGAUGGAAACGGUGUAACUCUGCAGAUGUUUUGGAAGACUCUGACCAGUGUUGUUUUAUUUAAAAGCUGUAAAGUGUGCGUGUUUUUGCUGAGAGGUCAUUGCUCUCUAAAGACUGAACUGUAAGCUUUAAUUGCAUUGUGUGAGUCUGUCCUUUUGACAGCGUUAUCAUAGUGCCUGAUGUCAAUUUUAUUAGUCAACCCUAUUUUGAGUGACUUUUUCAUUCUGAAGACUUUGCCUCAGUAAACAUUAGUGUUAACACUGUAACUAAGGUGUUGGUGUCACCCUAACAGGAGCGUUUUUAAUUUUGCAAUGCGGUGCUGAAUAUAUGAAGGAUGUUUUAAUUCUCGAGAAAUGAUGUCUAGAAAUGGUGUCUAGUUUUCUAGAAAGCACAUACAGCCAUUCAUUUUGGUCAGAACUUCUUUUUUUUUUCUUUUCUUUUCCCUAAUCAUGUUCUUAGUUGCGCUAAAAGGUUUUCUGUUUAAAGAGGUGUAUGCACAUAACCUUGACUUGAACAUGUUCGUGUUGAAUGUAUUGCAGAAUCACUGAGGUGUCGUACGUGACUCAAUGUUCAUUGCCGUUACGAGUUUUAUUCUCUCAGACUGCAUAAAGGGAAGAUUUGCCACUUGUACACUGUAAAUUGUAAAGAUAGAAAUAUGUUUUUAUACAAAAUAUCAUAAAUUACUGAAUAAAUGGAGGAAUGUGAUGGAAAGUGUCAGAAAAAUCCUGAUUUGUUUUCAGGAACUUCGAAUACCGAAAAACUCAUAAAUAAAUUAAUUAAU